GCCGUGGAGUUUUAUAUAAAAAUGUUCCAUUCUGAAUUCUAAUUGAAUUCUUGGAAAAAUCCAACAAUUUAUAGAAAUGGAUGUAGUUUUUGAUUUCAAGUAUUGAAAAAUUCUACUUCUUUCAAGUUGAUUUUUCUAUCUAAAAUAGAAAUUUCCAUUCCCGCUAUUUUUGGUUGCCAUUUCGUAAAAACCUGCAACUGCAACAUGAACACGAUCAUGAAAAGGUGAAGAGGAGUUGACGGUGUUGACAUCGUGCGUCGGAAUUGUGUUUUGUUGUAUAAUAUUUAUUAUUUAUUCUGUAUUGUUAUUUAGAUAAAUAAAAUUAAUCUGAACAUAGUAUCCCGGUGAAAAUUUGACGAUGUCAAAUCUCACCUUAGAUAAAGAUGUGUUCUACAGGCGAAUGAAACGUUUGUAUUCGGCUUGGAAGGAGCCAGAGAGCGAAAUAGACGAUGCAUUUCAUAAGGCUGAUGCCCUUGUCUCCGGAGUUGGCUCUGAUGAUGAUGUCAUCUAUAGUAAAUCCAUUUCAAUGCAGGUUUGGCUGCUCGGUUAUGAAUUGACAGACACCAUAAUGGUCCUCGCCGAAGAUGAAAUACACUUCCUGGCUUCAAAGAAGAAAAUUGAGUUCCUAAGACAAAUCGAAAAUAGUAAGGAUGAAAACAUUCCGCCGGUCAAACUGCAUACAAGAGAUAGGGGUGGUGAUGACAAAGCAUCGUUCGCCAAGCUGAUCGAAUCUAUAAAGAGCAGCAAAAAAGGUAAAACGAUCGGAGUUUUUCCCAAAGACAUGCGUUCUGGUAACUUUAUGACGGCGUGGAAGGAAUCUCUUGAAAAGGAAAAGUUCGAGACAGUCGAUGUUACCGCCGCCCUGGCUUAUGUGAUGAGUACCAAAGAGGACAACGAGCUGGCCAUUGUGAAGAAGGCUUGCCAGGUCUCUGUCGAUCUGUACAACAAGUAUUUGAAGGAUCAGAUCAUGGAAAUCAUCGAUUCUGAUAAGAAAGUAAAACAUGCGAAACUCUCGGAGGGAGUAGAAGGAGCUGCAACCGACAAAAAAUAUGUUGGAAAUGUAGAUACAUCGCAGUUGGAUAUGUGCUAUCCGCCAAUCAUUCAGAGUGGAGGAAAUUACAGCUUGAAGUUCAGUGCAGUCAGUGAUAAAAAUACGUUGCAUUUUGGAGCCAUCGUAUGCUCGCUUGGAACUCGAUACAAGUCCUAUUGCUCCAAUAUUACUCGUACACUUUUAGUCAAUCCGGUUCAAAGCAUUCAGGAUAUUUACGAAUUUCUGGUGAAUUUGGAGGAAGAAUUGAUCAAAGCUUUACAGCCCGGUGUGAAGUUGUGCGAAGUCUACCAGAAAGGUGUCGACUACACUAAAAAAGAACAGCCAAAUUUACUGGAAAAUCUUACAAAAAGCUUUGGUUUUGUCAUGGGCAUAGAAUUCAGGGAAGGAUCUCUCCUGAUUGGUCCAAAAACCCAGUUCGUUGUGCGCAAAGGUCAAGUGUACAAUUUGAAUGUGGGUUUGUCCGGCCUAGUCAACAAAAAUGCUGAGGACAAGGAAGGUAAAAACUAUGCCCUCUUCAUUGGUGAUACCGUCGUUGUUAAUGAGAAGGGUUCUCCAGCAAGUGUUCUCACACUUUCAAAGAAGAGAAUAAAAAACAUCGGAAUAUUUGUCAAAGACGAAGCUGACGAUGACGAAGAGGAAGAAGAGAAAAAAGAGAAGUCGAAUGCUGACCCACCGAUUCUUGGAAGAGGAAAGAGAACGGCCGUUUUAGACAAUAAAUUGAGGCAAGAUUCAUCAGCGGAAGAGAAGAGGAAACAGCAUCAGAAAGAGUUGGGUACACAACUCAAUGAGCAGGCGAAGCAGCGAUUGGCCGCCAAUUCGGGAGGAGGCAAGGAGGAGAAAGUCAGGAAAUCAAAUGUGUCCUACAAGUCGAGAAAUCAAAUGCCAAACGAACCCGAAGUCAAAGAUCUCAAAAUUUAUGUCGACCGUAAAUACGAAACAGUAAUCCUGCCGGUGUUUGGAAUAUCGGUACCAUUUCACAUUUCGACAAUAAAGAACAUAUCGCAGAGCGUGGAGGGCGAUUACACCUACCUGCGGUUGAAUCUGUUCCACCCGGGAGCAACCAUGGGCAGGGAGGGAGCAGCAUUCGCCAACCCUGAUGCCACCUUUGUCAAAGAAAUCACAUAUCGAAGUUCGAAUACCAAAGAGCCUGGUGAACUGAGUCCGCCAUCUUUGAAUCUGAACACAGCAUUCCGUCUGAUUAAGGAGGUUCAGAAGAAAUUCAAAUCACGCGAAGCCGAAGAAAAGGAAAAAGAAGAUUUGGUGAAGCAGGACACGUUGAUACUGUCACAGAGCAAGGGUAAUCCCAAACUGAAAGAUCUCUACAUUCGUCCCAAUAUUGUCAACAAAAGAAUGACGGGUUCGCUUGAAGCUCACUCGAAUGGUUUCCGUUAUACAUCAGUGCGAGGUGACAAAGUCGAUAUUCUCUACAAUAAUAUCAAAAACGCCUUCUUCCAACCGUGCGAUUCGGAAAUGAUCAUUUUACUCCACUUUCACUUGAAGCACGCAAUAAUGUUCGGCAAGAAGAAGCACGUGGACGUGCAGUUCUACACGGAGGUGGGUGAGAUCACGACUGACCUGGGCAAGCACCAGCACAUGCACGACCGUGACGACAUCGCCGCCGAACAGGCCGAACGCGAGCUCAGGCACAAGCUGAAGACGGCCUUCAAGAGUUUCUGCGAGAAGGUGGAGGGCAUCACCAAGCAGGAGAUCGAGUUCGACACACCGUUCAGGGAUCUCGGCUUUCCGGGCGCGCCCUAUCGCAGUACGGUGCUGCUGCAGCCCACUAGCGGAUGUUUGGUCAACCUCACCGAAUGGCCGCCAUUUGUGAUUACACUCGAAGAUAUUGAGCUUGUACAUUUUGAGAGAGUUCAGUUCCACCUGAAGAACUUCGAUAUGAUUUUCGUAUUCAAGGACUACCAACGCAAAGUGUCCAUGGUGAACGCAGUACCAAUGAACAUGCUCGACCACGUCAAAGAAUGGCUGAACUCAUGUGACAUCCACUACACAGAAGGUAUUCAGACGUUGAACUGGACCAAGAUCAUGAAAACAAUCACUGACGAUCCAGACGAGUUCUUCAAAAGUGGAGGAUGGACUUUCUUGGAUCCGGAGAGUGAUGAUGAAGUAGAAGAUUUGGAGGAGGAAGAAGAAGAUGAGGUGUACGAGCCGACCGACCUUGAGUCGGAAGAGGAGUCUGACGACUCUGACUACUCGGAGGCGUCGGAGGACAGCGGCUCGACGGAGGAGGAGCUGGGCAGUUCGGACGAGUCGGGCAAGGACUGGUCGGACCUGGAGCGGGAGGCGGCCGAGGAGGACAAGAAUACAGCCGGCGACGAGUUCCGCGACGAGUAUGCCAACCGCAAGCGGCCGGGCGGCAAGGACCGGUAUCCGCCCCACAAGAAGGGCAAACACGAGAAGGAUCGGCAUUCUUCCAAACAUAAGAGCAGCCCCCACAAAGACUCACAUAAAAGUAGCAGUUCCAAACACAGUCCAAGCAAGAGCAAGCACCACGAAAAGGACAGACAUAAAUCGAGCAGCAGCAGUAGCAGUAAGCACAAGUCUUCAAGUUCACCUCACAAGUCUUCGAGUUCGCAUUCGAGCAAAGACAAGCAUAAGUCGUCUUCAAGUUCACACAAGCACAGCUCAUCAUCCAGCGACAAGAAGCGGCCCAGGGAUGACAGCGACCAUCGCAGUCCCAAGAAGCACAAGAAAUAAAUUGGAGUACUUGAUUUGGACCCAGCUCUUGAAUAUUUUCAUAAAUUGAAACGUCGUAUAAAAUGCGGUCCACCGGUGGGAAUGAAGUUGGCGAAGUUGAAUGUUAGGCUAAUUGGAUUAACUGAAGUUUACGUUGAACAGUACUCGCGGUGAUAAAUGUUUUUGGAUCUAUCUGUUCAAGUGUUUCCAAGUUAUUUGAUUUCUUAGGAUAAUAAUUAUUAUCAGUUUAUUUAAACAAUGUUCUAAUAUCCAUGCGUUGUGUGAUGUAAGAAUUACUAGAACUCUACCUACUUUUUUAGGAUAAGAUAGAAAGUUACAUAUGAACAAUUUAUUAUGCAAUUCUCCCAUUUUCAUGAAAACACAUAAAAUUCAUUCACUUAUUGCAUCACAGGUCGUUAGUCAAAUCAAGAAGGUAAUGUUGAUUCUGUUUACGACGCUAAAAAUAUUCAAUACUCAUUCAAUAUUCGUACUUUAUGUUAUGAAUUAGGUUCUUGAAAUGAAUGUACAAUGUGAUUAAAUUCAUUCAAUAGUGGAUCCGAUGCUGUCUGAGAUUAUGAGAAUGGUUUAUUUAUACAAAUAACUUCAUUUAAAUGAAAGCAUCAAAUUUGAAGAUCAAGUGCUGUAUUCGUAAAUUUAUGUAAUGCUGAAGGUUGUUUAGUAACAAGACCUACUUGGCUGCUCAGCAACCAAGUACUGGAAUUUUCAUUAGCAAAGUUUCCAACUUGAGCCCGUCGUAUUUUUGACGUUUAUUUACGGCCCUACGAUUUUUCGUUGGAUACCAAAAAGUCUUGAAUUUUUUUUAAUCCUCAUUUUUUAUUUCUGUGGGAUUAUUACUGCCUUAUAUUUUGAUCAAGUCGAACGUCAACAAGCCUUAAAAUUAUCAACAUCUCGAAAAGAAGAAUGAGAUUGCAAGAGUCAAGUAGAUUAUUCCAUAUUCAGUACCUGUUUUAAAAAAAUGUAAUAUUAUGUUCCUGUCAAGUAUCUCUUUAUUUUUCAAACAAUAACUCUGUUCAAUAAUGUAAACUGUUCACCUUUACAAUUACAUUGUCGUAGUCAAAAUAAAUACAUUAUUGAUGUUAUGAUAAUACCGUAACGUAUUUAAUUGUGAAAAGUAUUUCUACAAUAUCGAUUUGUAUACCAUAUUCCAAAUAAAAAUGGUUGUUACUCAGUUGAGGUAUUGUAAUCUACAUGCUGAAACAAUUUUUUAUGCUUCAUGUGCUGUAUUAAAUAAUUUUAUACUUUC